AUGGCAUCCGUUUUCCUGGAGCUUCUCGCCAUGGUAUCUUCAAUAACAUCCCAAUUCUUGCGACUUACGCGCCUCGAAUGGACCCGUUCCGUCCUACUUCGACAUUUGAAGACCAUCUUCUGGAAACGCCCGAAAACUCUGAACGACAUGCCCUACGACGUGGUCUUUGUCCUAUCUCAUUACCUUUCCGUUCGAGACUUAUGCAAUUUGCGAACGACUUCGAAACAACUUUUUAGCCUUGUGCGAGAUAGAUCAAUCUGGCUGCUGGCUUUGCGCGACAUCUUGGAAGUUCGGCCGAUUCCUCGACUCAGCUUUAGCUUGGACGAAAUGGAUCUGCAUGAGAUCAUAACAGCAACUCUGCGACUGACUACCUUGGACCGCAAAAUCAGAGGAGCGGACCCUAUUGCUGCAUUCACUCCCUGCCGCUCCUUUGACGUUAGUGGUCUCGUUCCUGUACCUCUCCCAGGCGGUCAUCAAUUCGUUACUUUGCGAGACUCGAAACGGGAACUGGUAGUGCACAAUUGGAACGCUGAUAUCCUUGGGCAGGGGCGACUCCUCGUACCAGCUUCCAAGUACCCCAUAUACUUAUGGCGUGUUGUUCCCGUCUCUUCCACUGCCAUCAAUGUUGCUGUCGUAUCGUUGGAACAGCUGAAUGAGCGUGAUGACCGUGGCAAACCAUUACCGCGUACACAUGUAUCAAUCUAUUGUUGCGAUGCCAACAAAGGAACCUUUGAACAGAUAGAUCACUUCUUUGUGGACACGAAGAUAUGGACAGUGUUUGUCGAUACAAUCCACCUCGCAAUCCUGUGGAAUGACUGGGAACGCGGUCAAUUUGCAUACAUACGUUUGUAUGCGAAGGGGCUUCAUGCACCAGUCAUGGGUCUUAAAGAUCCACGAUGUCCACAGAAGGGUUCCAUUACUGUCAUAUCGCGAAACUACUUCAUUGUGGUAGACGACAACGGUACCUACACUCGGAUUUAUAAAUUACCUGAUGUGCAUCCAGUUUACAACGCUCAUGUCGCCGAUGCGUCGGUACAUCAUUCAUCCGUUUGGUCGACAGUUCGACCUGGCGAUUACUUUUGA